CAGAAAAGCAACCGCCAAAAUCCGCGCCAAGCAAGAGGAAGAACCACAAAAACGUGUUCCCCUCUGCGGCUGUGUGAGAAGACAAGCAAGCAAGGAAAGCAAGUGCAGUCAUGUCGGACACAGAGCAGAAGCUGGCAGUGGACGGCGAGGAGGCCGCCAGGAAGCAGCAGACAGACGCAAUGGACGUUGCGGCAGAUGAUGGUGAAGCAACGACAGACGCCACAGCCGCCAAUGGCGCCACAAAGGAGGAAGACGAGGAAGCGUCAGAAAACGACGAAAGCAACGGAAAUGGCGAUGUUGAGGAUGAGGAGCGCAGCCCAUCGUCCAACGCUUCCGAGGAAUCGAGCAAGGCUGGCGACAAUGAAGAAGAGGGUCAAGAGGAUGAGGAAGACGAUGGUGAUGAUGAGGAUGAGGAUGACGAGGAGGAUGACGACGAAGGUGCAGACGAAGAUGAGAAGGUGAAGGAAGAGCAAGAUGACCUGCACAAAGGCUACGUGUGGCCAGACCGCGAGACGCGCAACGUUGAAAUCCGCCGCAAGAUUGCCCAGGAUCAGCCGAAGCGCAUCCACUACCUGGUUGAAGAGACGGAGCUGUUUGAUCACCUUGUUGACCUUGAAAGCGUGCGCCGCGUUGACCCCCGCGGCAAGAAGCGCCGCCCCGGUGCCGGUGCCGCUUCCAGCGGCGGAGGUGCCUCGCGACGCCAUCGCAAGACCGAGAAGGAGGAGGACGAAGAACUUCUCAAGGAGGAGGCCGAGGUUGAAGACGACCACGUCCACUUCACUGAGUCGCCCAACUACAUUGCUGGUGGCAAAAUGCGUGAUUACCAGCUGCGCGGCCUCAACUGGCUCAUUGGUCUGCACGCCAACUCUGUCGGCGGCAUCCUCGCUGAUGAAAUGGGUCUCGGCAAGACGCUGCAGACCAUUUCGCUGCUUGGAUACCUGAAGAACUUCCGGCGAAUGGAUGGCCCCUUCCUGCUGCUCGUGCCAAAGAGCACGCUCAAGAACUGGAUGCGCGAGCUGGCAAAGUGGUGCCCAACCCUCAAGGCGGUGUGCCUGACGGGCAGCAAGGAGGAGCGCCCCAAGAUCAUUGAGGAGCAGAUUAUGCCCGGGCAGUGGGACUGCGUGGUCACCUCGUACGAGAUUUGCGUCAUUGAGAAGUCGGCGCUGAAGAAGUUUGUGUGGGAGUAUAUUGUGAUUGACGAGGCGCACCGCAUCAAGAACGAGAAGAGCAAGCUGUCGCUCAUUGCGCGCGAGAUUGAGAGCCGCAACCGCCUGCUCAUCACGGGCACGCCGCUGCAGAACAACCUGCACGAGCUCUGGGCCCUGCUCAACUUUCUCCUGCCAGACAUUUUCCAGUCGUCGGAGGAGUUUGACAAGUACUUCCACGCAGAGAACCUGCAGCAGGAGAGCAUGGUGCACAAGCUGCACUCGGUGCUCAAGCCGUUUCUGCUGCGCCGCCUGAAGAAGGAGGUGGAGAAGAGCCUGCCGCCCAAGAAGGAGAUUAAGGUGUACGUCGGCAUGAGCAAGAUGCAGCGCGACUGGUACAAGAACAUCCUCAUGAAGGACAUUGACACCAUCAACGGCGCCGGACGCGUGGAGAAGAUGCGUCUCCUCAACAUUCUCAUGCAGCUGCGCAAGUGCUGCAACCACCCGUAUCUUUUUGACGGCGCAGAGCCGGGCCCGCCCUUCACCACGGACCAGCACCUGGUCGACAACUCUGGCAAGCUGGUUGUACUUGACAAGCUGCUGACCAAGCUCAAGGCACAGGGCUCGCGCGUGCUCAUCUUCUCGCAGAUGACGCGUAUGCUGGACAUCCUUGAGGACUACUCCUGGUGGCGCGGGCACAAGUACUGCCGCCUGGACGGCUCCACUGCCCACGAGAUUCGCGGCGAGAUGAUUGAUGACUUCAACAGGCCAAACAGCGACAAGUUCAUGUUCCUCCUCAGCACCCGUGCCGGUGGUCUUGGCAUCAACCUCUACACGGCAGACGUCGUCAUCAUCUACGACAGUGAUUUCAACCCCCAGAUGGAUCUCCAAGCUCAGGAUCGCGCGCAUCGCAUCGGCCAAACCAAAGAGGUUCGCGUGUUCCGGUUCAUCACGGAGAAGACGGUUGAGGAGCGCAUCGUUGAGCGGGCAGAGAUGAAGCUUCGCCUCGACGCCGUAGUCAUCCAGCAAGGGCGCCUCAGCGACAAGCAGAAGCAGCUCUCCUCUGGCGACAUGCUCAACAUGAUCCAGUUUGGUGCCGACCACAUCUUCCGCACGACAGAAGCGACGGUGACGGACGAGGACAUUGACGCCAUCCUGAGUCGUGGUGAAACAAAGACGGAGGAGUUCAACAAGAAGCUUGAGGCCAUGGGCGAAUCCAACUUGCUCAAGGAAUUCACCUUUGACACCCAAUCAUCGAGCAUCCUGGAGUUUGAGGGCGAGGACUACCGCAAGAAGCGGGAGCGGAAGAAGCCCAUGCGCUGGAUUGAACCGCCAAAGCGCGAGCGCCGCCAGGCCAUCAACGUCAACAAGUACUUCAGCGAGCUGCUUGGCACCAGCAACACCACAAAGGCGCCGAAGGCGCCCAAGCCGCCAAAGCAGCCCAAGAUUGAGGAGUUUCAGUUCUACCCGGCGCGCCUAACAGAGCUGCUGCAGCGUGAGGUUUACGCAUAUCGCAAGGCUGUCGGCUACAAGGUGCCAAAGAAGCCUGUUGAAGGUGUGUGGACAGACGAGCAAGAGGAAGAGCGGCAGAAGGAGCAGGCGCUCGUCGACACGGCCGAGCCUCUCACUGAGGCCGAACUGGAGGAAAAGGAGAAGCUGUUGCAGCAGGGCUUCAAGUCUUGGCAGAAACGUGAUUUCCAGCAGUUUGUCAAGGCCAACGAGCGCUGGGGCCGCGACAACAUUGAGAAGAUUGCACAGGAGAUUGAUUCCAAGACCUUUGAGGAAGUGCAAGAAUAUGCCAAGGUGUUCUGGAAAAAGUACAAGACCCUCUCCAAUGCGGACCAGAUUAUGGCUCAAAUUGAGCGUGGUGAGAGCAAGAUCCAGCGCCGCCUUGAGGUGCAGGAGUACCUUGACCGCAAGGUUGCCCAGUACAAGCUGCCUCUGCAGCAGUUGCAUCUGCACUACGGCGGCAGCCGCGGCAAGAACUUCACCGAGGAGGAGGACCGCUUCUUGGUGUGCGGUCUUCAGCGCAUCGGCUUUGAUGCAGACAACGUGUAUGAGGAGCUUCGUCGCCAGAUCCGGGCUGCGCCUCAGUUCCGGUUUGACUGGUUCAUCAAGUCGCGGACGGCCACGGAGCUGCAGCGGCGGUGCAACACGCUCAUCUCGCUCAUUGAGAAGGAGCUCAAGGACGCCGACGCCAAGGCAAAGAAGGACCGCAAGAAAAAGCAGGGCAAGCGCAAGUCAGAGGCUUCGUCGUCCAGCAAGAAGUCGAAGAAGUCCAAGUAGAUGGCUGCUCGCGUUUGUGGGUCCACAACAACGACUGCUGUGCCCACCCUUACCCCUUUGGCUGCUGCUUCUGCUGCUGCUGCUGCUUUUCUUUCCUCCCAUGCUCAUCUGUCUUUAUGUGUGUGUGUGUGUGUGUGUGUGUGUACAUCACACAUGAUGAGUCCAUUGUUGGUUUUGCUUUUUGUCCCCUUUUUGUUGUGGCUGGAGUGCGUGUGUGUGUACUUGCUGACACACACGUGCUUGUCGCAUGUUGGUUUGUGUUGCUUGCUUUACUCUCGCUUGUGGUUUUGGGUUUGUGGUUGUUGUUCUCUUGCACGCGAGCGUGCUGUCCAGGCUUGGUUGUUGAAGUGCACAUGUGUGGGAUUCUUGCGUGUGCGCGUGUUUGUUGGUGUCAGUGCUGCUUGUUAAUGUUGUCAUGCAUGAAAGUAGACAAACAACGAUGAC